AUGUCGAGGCGCAAGCAAAUGAAACCUCAACACAUCACCUUGGAGGAGGACCAGGGAGAGCAGCAGCCACAGCAGCAGCCGCAGCAGCUGGCCCCGAAGUUUGCAGAUGCGGCCACAGUGGUGUCUGCAGUGAGGGAGCCAGGUGCUCCAGUGAACAACCCGGGGACUGGUGAGGACAUGAAUGGGGACCAAGUGAAAGUAAAGAGACCUUGUUGGCAGCAGACUCACAUCUGUGAGAUGUGCUGUGGAGUGUUCUUUAACGUGUUUAAGUUCUUAGAACAUAAGAAAAAUUGCUCUAAAUUUAGACCUGUCUUCAUCGUGAAGGACAGUGGGGGGCUGGUGCCUUCAAAAGACUUCAGGGCUGUGGAGAGCUACCAACCACACAAUCCAAGCAGUAAGGACUGUCCUAGGGAGCAUGGUGGCAGCUCAUGGGACAUGAAGGAGAAGCCAGGGGCAGAGUCUGUUCUGCAUUUAAAGAAGACUGCUCUGCCAACCACGUCCCAGAACUUAAGCUAUUUACCCAAAGGCAAAGUGACCAAAACUAAUGUCACUCUUCAAGCACUACGGGGUACCAAGGUGGCAGUGGGUCAGCAGAGAGCCAACACACUGCCUGCUCCUCUGCCUGGUGCCAACAGCAUCCCAUGGUUCCUGGAGCAGGUCCUGUAUCUGCAGCAUCAGCAGCUACAGCAGAUGCAGCUCACAGAGCAGAUCCGCAUCCGGGUGAGCAUGUGGGCCGCCCACACCUUCCACUCAGGCAUAGCGGGAGUUGAUGCCCUGAAGACCAUAGGCAGCCAUGUGUCCCAGCAGGUCCAAGGUCUGUUUCUGGACCCCUUGAGACCAGCCAGCCUACCUCACGCAAAUAUCCCUCCCACCACCAGCUCUGUGCCCCAAGGGCUGGUAGCCAUUGCCCCGAGGCCAGAUGGGUCAAGGAUGCUUCCGAACCACCUUCCAGGUGCUUUGAUACCUCAGGCCCCAGGCUCUGUGCCCUUCCAGAGCCCUUUCUCCACUGUGGCAUCAGACCCAUCCAUGAAUGGGAAAGAGAGGCCAUCCAAUGUCCCCCCAGUAGAUGUCAAAUCCAGAGACAAGGCUGCCUUCUACCUGUACAAAUGUAAACACUGUAGCAAGGUUUUUGGGACUGAUAACGCCUUGCAGGUCCACCUCCGUUCACAUAUUGAAGAGAGACCCUUCGUGUGCUCUGUCUGUGGCCAGUGUUUCACCACAGAGGAUGACCUCCAGGCGCACUUUAAUCAACAUUUCCAGGCGAAGGCGAACCCCCAACUGUUUGGCGAGUUCCACGACAAAAUGGCGACAGGCGUUGGUGUUCCCUAUGCACUCUCUGUACCUGUCCCUGAAGAUGAAUCAAGUCUUAGCAAAUCUGCCCUGGUCACAGAGACCCCCAAUGUAGGGCUACCUCAGAAUCUCUCUUGUGGGACUAACCCCAAGGACCUAAUGGGUGGCUCGCUAGCCAACUACCCUCGGCCCUGGCCUCCAGAAAGUGGGGAUGGAUACCGAUUCUCUGGGGUGGGGACAGACCAUAAUUACCCAAGGGUUGAUGGUUUCCAAGGGAGAGGGGCACCCAAGCGAGGGUCAGAGACUCUGAAGUUGCAGCAGCUGGUGGAGAACAAUGAUAAGACCACCACUCACCCCAAUGAAUGUCACACUUGCCACCGUGUCUUAAGCUCCAAAAGGUCCCUCAAAAUGCAUUACCGCACCCACACCAGGGAGAGUACAUACCAGUGUAAGACCUGUGACCGAAUCUUCUCCACCAAAGAAAGCCUGAAUACACACUUAAAGACUCACCAAACUAAAACAUCCACAAAGGCGAAGCAUUCGUGCCCCAUCUGCCAGAAGAAGUUUACCAAUGCGGUCAGGUUGCAGCAACAUAUUCGGAUGCACACGAGUGGUCAGAUUCCCAACACACUUGUUCUGGAAAAUCCUUGUGACUUUAGGGAUCCUGAGCCAAUGAAGAUCGGUGAGAAUGGCAGCACAAGUGCCAUAUGUCACAAUGAUGUUGAAAUCACUGAUGUAGACCAAGUUGGCUCCCAGGAUGCCCCUAGCAGCUCAUCGAAGAUCCCCAUGCCUCUUCCGAGCAUCCACUCGACAUCACCUACACCAAGUUUCACCAUCACAGCUCCCCUGGUGGUGGGCCCUGCUCCUGUGGUCACACAGCAGCAGAGCAGCAGAGGAAAAGGUUUGGUGGAGAGUGGUGGCUUGACCAACUUGUCUUCAGUGAUAGGAGACCAGAAGUAUCAGAGCCGAAAUCCAGACCUUCUGGAAGUCACGUCUUUUCAGGCUCUCACCCCAGUCAAUAGCAAAGCAGAAAGCAUCAAGUCCAAGUUUCCUGAUGCUGAUGGCAAAACAGAGAGCUCAAAGAACAGCCACACUGAUAUGAAAGGUUGGAUCAGUCUCCCAUUAACAAUUGCCGGGGCCCAGCCAACCUUUGGCAAAGUUGAAGUUCCUGGUGCAUUUGGACCCACUACCAUAUCCCCAGGCAUGCCAUCUUUGUUAGCAGCUCAGCCAUGCCAACAAGACAAGCAACAUGGCUGCGCACAGUUCGGGAAGAACUCAUUGGCCAGUGCUGUUAAAAUUCAUGAGUGGACUCACACUGGGCAGAAGAAGCCCUUCGUGUGUAACAUAUGUAGGCAAGCUUUCACCACCAAAGACAACUUGCAGGCCCACUAUAUGACACACACGGCCAACAAUAGCUCUGCACACUGUGGGAGGAAGCAGGGCAUUGACAACACCAUGGUUCUGUUAGGAACAGAUGGAAAGAGGCUUCCUGAAAUGUUUCCUCAGGAAACCAUGGUCCCUUCAGUGAAUGUGAACCCUGUUGUGUGCAACCAGUACACCACCAUGCUCAGUGGUAGUCUGGCCAAUAAUACCAACCAGAUCUCAGUGAUUCAGAGUGUAGGUAUCCCAACUCCCCCAGUUUCCCAGGGGGCAAGCUCUGCUGUGGGUAACACCACUGUCUCCAAGAUAGAUAGCUCUCAGUCAGCUGUUAGUGCUGAUGUGGAAAAAGCAGGUGCUGCUGACAGCAUUCCCAAACACCAGUCCCCUCACUUACUGGAAGCUAAGCUCCAGGAGAGCCCACUGGAAGGAGAAAUGUAG